AUGUCCCGUCUGCAUACAUCAACGAAAGAGCAUUUUAAUACAAAUGCAUAUUUAGAUUCGUUAAUCAGUUUAAAUAAAUAUAAUGAUGUUUUUCUAUAUAGCAAUUAUUCAAAUGGAUAUAACAUUCCACAUAUUCUGAAAAUAUAUGCAAAUGAACUACAAAGUUCAUGCGAUGCAUACAAAAGUGACUCUUCUCAUAUAAGAAGUGAAAAUUUGCUACAUCGAAAAACAGAACAAAUUAGCGAUAAUACAUAUUUAAAUAGUAUAUUGCAUUCAAGUGAUGUAAUUAGCUCACAAAAUGAAAAUAAAAUACUUCAUAGUGAUGAAAAUUUUUCUUAUAAUCCUUAUAGAAGUAAAAAUAAUUGCACUACCGAAAAUCAAGACUAUUCUUCUAGUUUAAAUUCAAUAAUAUUAGCAAAAAAUUAUUCCAUAAAGUCUUCCUGCACUGAAGAAAAAAAGGACUUAAAUAAUAUAGAACCAAAUUCUACAUAUGGCAAUGAAAGAUAUAAUUCGAUAAAUGGUGAAAAUAAUGAUGAUAAAAAUGUUGAGAUUGUAAAUAUCAAAUGUCAUAACCAUCAAAAUUACGGAAAUGAUAAGAAGAAUUAUAGCGAAUUUAGUGAUAUUGCAAAAAGUAAAAAUGGGGAAUUAGAUAAUUUUUAUAGUAAUUUUUCUUCAUGUAUAGUAGAAAAUUCUUUAAAUUAUCCUAAUAAAAACUAUUCAAAAAAUAAUUAUGAUUUACACGAAAAAAACAAGGCAUAUAUUGACGAAAGUUCUUGUGACAAAAGUUGUUAUCUGUCUGAUAUUGAUAAGGAUAACAUUUAUAAUAAUUAUCAAUUGAAUUAUUCUACAGAAACAUCUGAAAGAAGCAAUAAAGGAAUUUUAGAUGGAAAAUUUAUAAAUUCUGAAAUUUUAAAUAAUUUUUCUCUAGGUGGAUAUAGAAAUAAUAAUGAAUACUAUUCAGAUGAUAUAAUCAAAAUAGAAAGUGAACUUGAUGAAUACUCUGAGUUAAAAAGUAUAAAUGAUUCUUUUAAAAAAGAAAUGGAAUGUGAUGUUAAAUCAAAAAAAAAUGAUAUACUACAAUUAGAAAAAUAUGAUUCUAAUAAAUUUUUCAGUUUAAACAGAAAAGUUGAAAAAAGAAAUAAAAAAAAAAAUAAUAUAAUUUUUAAUGAAAAAAAAAAAAGCUACUCUCUAGAGGACAUGAUAAGUGGUAAAGUAGAAAUUCCAAGUACUAUAUUUAUGAAAUUACCAUUUAAUUCAAAAGGAGAUAACAUAAUAGAUUCAUAUAGAAAAAAUAAUAAAUUAUUAAAUUUUAUGAAAGACUGUAAUGAUUCUGUUAACCUCAUUCUAAAAUAUCCACAAAUCGAAAAAAACAAAAACAAAGAAUUAAAAAUUCCACCAAAAAUUGCCCCAUUAAUUAGUGACAAUAUAGGUUUACCUAUAAAAUAUGAUGAUGAAUUUGAUAGAAGAAAUUAUCAUCCAAACGUUCAAAAUUUACAUAUGGGAAAAAUAUUUGAAAAACAUGUUUUCAGCAUAUUAAAAAAUAAAAAAGAUUUAGGAAAAAAAAUAUUUAGUAAAAGUAAUAAAUUUAAAAAAUACAAAUAUGAUAAUAAUGAAGGUUUUUGGAUAAGUAAUAUUGAUAAAAAGCGUUUAAUAAACCCAGAAAAAAAUGAUAGUUAUAUCACAGAGCUCGUUUAUGAAAAAAAUAAUGUGUACGAUGAAGAAAUGAUCUUUAGAAGUUGUAAAAACUAUGAAGUUAUACCAACUAUAAAUGAUUUACACAAAGAUAAUAAUUUUUAUCUUUUUUUAAGAAAAGAAAAAAUAUACGCUAGUGAUUUAAAGCCGAACAUUACAACUAUAAUGAGGAGAUAUGACAUUGAUAAAGUUUUAGAUUAUAAAUAUGUUGAAUCAUGCAAAGGAAUUAUACCUGUAUAUGAGUAA